CUUUUAUCUUUAAUGGCUAUGGAAUUGUGCCCUGUGUUCCAUUGUAAAUUCAGUACCUAAUAGAUAAAAUAAUGUAAUGUUUAAAUAUUAAAUUGGCAGUCAAUAAUUUAAAUUUCAAUGUCUAUAUAGGUAUUUCAAAGUUCAAUUAAACAGUGAUAUCCAACUCAAAUAAAUAAUGCUCAAACACAACAUAUGAUUUUUAUUACCAAAUCAUUUUUAUAAAAGAUAAUUAUUUCAGUUAUAUAUAAGUGAUAAAAGUUCAAUUAUCUAUAAAAUAAUGUACAUCAGCACAUCCCUCUUCCAUUAUGUUGAAUAUUUUAUUAUCCACGAUGUAGAGAAGAUAAUAUUGUGAUAUUAUCUAUAUAAUCAUACUAUGCACAAUUGUUUCUAUAUAAUUCUAUAAAAUGCUAUAACCAUUCAUUUUUUAAUAUACCUACUACCUAUAUUACUAUACAUAACAGUUACCCUUCGACUUGAACUGUGAUUGUGAAUAUUUGUGUAGAAAAGUGUUUAUACCUGCAUGACUACAUCUUACUUCUAUCAUGUAUGAAGUGCACGUUCUUUUUGUAGGCUAUUGUCGGCCAACAGAAGGUGGCAUGUUGGCCAAUUGUACCUGUACAUUGGUCAAAGGUCCUAAAAACAUUAUUGUUGACACUAUGACUCCAUGGGAUGGUAAAAAUUUAAUAAAUGCUAUUGAACAACAUGGAAUCGGAUGUGAUGAUAUUGAUUAUGUAAUUAGUACUCAUGGCCACUCUGAUCAUGUGGGUAACAAUAACUUAUUUUUGAAUGCCAAGCAUCUGGUGGGCCGAUGUAUUAGUUACAAACAGAUGUACUAUGACGACAGUACAUUUUUCAACAGCGAUGGUGUGUAUGAAAUUGAUGAGAAUAUUCGAGUUAUCUCAACCCCUGGACAUACACUGACGGACGUAUCUGUUAUCGUUCAAACAACCAAAGCAUCAAUCGGAAUCGUAGGCGAUUUGUUUGAAAGUGAAGACGAUAUAAUGGAUGAAUCCAUUUGGUUAAAUGCUGGUAGUGAAAAUCCAGAUUCACAAAAAAAAUAUAGAAAAGCUAUUAUGGAACAGGUGGAUUGGAUUAUACCUGGUCAUGGUGCUAUGUUUUCUACCAGGAAAUACAAGUAAACAAUUAUUAUAAAAUGUUUAAAAAUAGAAAUAAUUUUAAAACUUAAGUUUAUUUGAUACCUCCAAAUUUUAAUGUAUUAUAAUUAUAUUAUCUUCAUCUAUACAACUACCUAUACCACAGAAUAUUAUUAUUAUAUUAUAUUAUUCUGUAACUAUGCAAUAGACAAUUGAAAGUAAUUGUUAACGAUUGUGAUGAGAUAAUUAUUAGUACUUACAAAAUACGAUUACCAAUAAACAAUUAUUCAAGUACUUG